UCUGUGUGUCUCCAGAUAACCUUCUACGAGGAGCAAAACUUCCAAGGCCGGCACUACGAGUGCGAGGGCGACUGCUCAGAGAUGCACGAGCACCUGGCGCGCUGCAACUCCAUCAAGGUGGACAGCGGCUGCUGGAUGGCCUACGAGAAGCCCGACUACAUGGGCUACCAGUACAUGCUGAACAAGGGCGAGAACAAGGGAGAGUACCCUGACCUGCAGCACUGGGCAGCCUUCAACGACCGCAUCCGUUCCUGUCGCAUGGUACCAUCGUACAGCGGCAAGUACCACAUCAAGCUGUUUGAGGGCUCGGACUUCCGCGGGGCGGCCAAGGAGCUGACGGAGGACUGCCCCGACCUGACGGAGCACGUGCCCAGCCGCAGCGUGUCCUCGGUGGAGGUGAGCGAUGGCUACUGGACGCUGCAUGAGCAUUCGCACUACCGCGGCCGCCAGUUCUUCCUGCAGCCGGGCCAGUACCGCCGCUUCCACGAGUGGGGCAGCACCCAGCCCUACUUCGGAUCCAUCAAACGCCUCACCGACCUCGCCUGAGAUGGGACACUGUCGACCCGGCGAUGACAAAAGGCUGCUGCCGGUGUGAAACGAUAUCUGGUGUGC